GCAAACAAACAGAAGCCAGACCAGCCAGAGCGAUCCCGCCGCGGGUAUUUUGGUUCAGCAGAGAGACGCCGGGGCAGAGGAGGAGAAUGGGACGCCGGUGCGUGGAUCAGGACUGAGUCUGAUCGGCACAUUCCGAGCUCCUCCGACCCGUUUCCAAGUCCUUUUCUCCCGGCUCAGAGUCACGUUUCCACGGCUGACACAAUGGGCUGCUGCAGCGGACGAUGCACUCUCAUCUUUCUUUGCACUUUACAGUUGGUGUUGGCUUUAGAAAGACAGGUCUUUGACUUCCUGGGUUACCAGUGGGCCCCCAUCCUUGCCAACUUCUUCCACAUCAUCAUUGUCAUCCUCGGCCUCUUUGGCACUAUCCAGUACCGGCCACGCUACAUUGUGGUGUAUACAAUAUGGGCCGCUCUGUGGGUAGCCUGGAACGUCUUCAUCAUCUGUUUCUACCUGGACGUAGGAGGCCUGUCCAAGGACAGUGACCUGCUGACAUUUAACAUCUCAGCCCAUCACUCCUGGUGGAGCGAACACGGGCCGGGCUGUGUGAGGAGAGAGAUGCCGCAGGCUCCAGGGAUCCGCACCACAGAGAGCCACUCCUACAUCACUGUCAUGGGCUGCCUCAUGGACUACCAGUACAUCGAGGUCGUGCAUAGCGGCACACAGAUUCUUGUUGCUCUCCUGGGCUUUGUGUACGCCUGCUAUGUUGUCAGUGCCAUCACGGAGGAGGAGGACAGCUUUGAUUUUAUUGGUGGAUUUGACCCAUUCCCACUCUACCAUGUCAAUGAGAAACCAUCUCAUCUCCUCUUAAAGCCCAUGUACCUGUCUACGUAAAUAGUAGAGCGUCCAGCAGGGAGGUGACACAGCAAAUUCCCACGGAGACAAAAUGCCUGUUUCAACACAAACGUCCCAGUGCAGUGGGGCACGCCAGACAUUCCACCCCUUCUUUUUUUCAGUACUUUAAACAUGUCAUUUACUGGUGUGCUGCCCAGAAAAGCCAACACUUCUCAGUUAGGGUCCAUUGUUUUUCAGGGAGGGAUGGCGGGUUCCAGAAAACAGGGGGAUUACAGUGCAACAAAGCCUCAUAUUGUGUAUUUAGGGAAGUAUCAAUCAUUUUCUUUGUGUUGAGUUCUCUGCUGAGGUCCCAUAUCUGUGACCUGCCCAUAAUGGUCUAAAACGCCCCAAGAACAUGACUGUGUAGAGCAUGUACAGCGUAUAAAUACAUUGUGUAUGUAAUCAGGGACUGUCCAGCAUUCCCAGUCUGUGGUACUGUGUCUUAGAGGACUCAGUGAUUUAGCAUGUUAUUGCCGGUUUGGCUAAGAUCUUGGCCGGAGGCUGAAUUACAGUGGAGCCUGUGGAAUGAGCUAUUGUGUGCCGGCUGUUUACUUUAGGUCAGGAUCUGUGUGCAUAAAUACACAAGUAAAGCAGGAAGAGGCAGGGGAGCGGAGUGGUAGAGGGAGGUGAGGGAACAAAAGCACCAAACCUACAGGGGCAUCUGUCAAAAAUAGAAAAUGUAAAUAGGGAAACAAGGGGGGGGGGUGUAUGGGUACACCCUCUCUGUAUUCUCCCCUGAUAGGGCAGUCUUGAUAGUCUGCCCUAUCAAGACUGCAAAAGAGAACUAGCGUGUAAGAGGUGUUCAAACACAAGGAAUGGCAUGUGAGUCUUACUUUUAUUUCUGGAGUCUUAUUACUGUGACGAUUUCCACCAACAGCCUAGUCAGUAAUUCUGAAGUGUCAGGUGUCUGUCAGACGAUGUGCUGAAAUCUUUGUUUUCACUUCAGUUCUUCUCCUCUUAACUACUGGUGCAUCGGGCUGCUGUCAGGGCUGAUCAUUACACACACUCAAGCAAAGGUUACACGCCAUAUCUUUAACUUCAAGAAAACAAUGGAAAUUAUUUUACUCUUCAUACUGCACACAACAGUGUUGAGUCAUAGGGGUAUGGUAUUCCGUGUAGAAGUAGCAUCGCUAUACAUGAGUGGAUCAGAGCAUUGUCUCAUGUCAGUUUAACAGUUUAGAUUGUCAUUGGUGAUAGUCUCAGUUGUGAUUUUUUUUUUUU